UAAGACACCUCCAGGCAAUUACCUAAAACUGCCUGGUGGAAGUCUCAGCCCUGAAUGCAUCUCAUCAUUUCAGUGAUUAGAACCUCGCCUCCUCCCCUCUGCUGCACAGGCAGAAGUGACACUGCUCAGGAGAAGACCUGACUAUGAUCUGUUCAUGUCCCACUCAACGCUGAAGGCUCAGGACAGACCACAGGAGAGAGAUGGCCGACAGACACUACAUAGACAACUCUGAGCAGCAGGGAGACAGGGAGAAGCAGGAGUGGGGCUAUGUGGAAGGUGUGGAGUGGGGUUUGCUUUACCCUGAAUCAAAUGGACAAUACCAAUCUCCAAUCAACAUAAAUUCAAGAGAAGCGCUAUAUGACCCUUCAUUGCUAGAAGUUAAGCUAUCUCCAAACUACGUUGUCUGUCGAGACUGUGAAGUUAAUAAUGAUGGUCAUGUAGUUCAGAUCCUCCUAAAGUCAAAAUCAGUUUUAACAGGAGGUCCAUUGCCGCGUAGUCAUGAAUAUGAGUUACAUGAAGUAAAAUUUCAUUGGGGCAGAGAAAACCAGCGUGGUUCAGAGCAUACAGUCAAUUUCAAAGCUUUCCCAAUGGAACUCCACCUGAUCCAUUGGAACUCAACGUUAUACAGGAACAUAGAGGAAGCCUUAGGGCAAGUACACGGGAUAGCUAUAAUUUCCUUAUUUGUACAGAUAGGAAAAGAACACAUAGGCCUAAAAGCCAUUACAGACAUUCUUGAGGAUAUCCAGUAUAAGGGAAAAUCUAAAACAAUACCAUGUUUUAAUCCCAACUCACUAUUACCAGAUCCCCUACUUCGUGAUUACUGGGUGUAUGAAGGUUCCCUCACAAUGCCACCAUGUAGUGAAGGUGUUACAUGGAUAUUGUUUCGAUAUCCUUUGACAGUGUCUCAAACUCAAAUUGAAGAAUUCAGGCGACUGAGGAUUCAUGUAAAAGGAGCAGAUCUUGAGGACGAAAGUGAUGGCAUUCUGGCUGAUAAUUUCAGACCAACCCAGCCUCUCAGUGACAGGAUUAUACGAGCAGCCUUUCAGUAAACAACGUCUGAAGACUUAUUUGCAAGAACUGAAUUUGAAACCUUCUUUUGCUGAAAUGUGUCAUGGCUAUAUAAUCCACAAAGAAUGACCUCUAUUAUUCAAGCUGUGCAUGGAGGACUUUGUAGCAAGUUUUGGCAGCCUAGUUUCUCAGAUCUUUGUUCAUGGCAGGAGAUAUAGUACAUAAUAUUGGUAGUUGUGCAAGGAACCUCAGAUGUCACACUGUUUCUGCCGGGAGUGCUUCAGUUGAAGUUACAGGAGUGUAAAUGAGUUCAUACCACCAAAUUAUAAAAAAAAAAUAUACAUAUGUGCCUAUGAUUCUUAUAUAAUGACUCUUCACAACUGGCUAUUUCCUUCUGGUUAUCCUUCAGGUAUUCUACCAAGAACCACAUGGCUAUGAAACAUUUAUGUGGUAGGCAAAGUCAUAAUCCUGCCUAAUGGAUCUACUUAGGCAGUGUGCACAUUUAUCUCUAGCCGCUCUUAGUUUCCAAUUAUUUUCUAUUUUCUUCAUCUUGACACGAAGACCUCGUUCACAUCUCCGUCAAGCACAUCCAGCAGGUUGUUUCGGCAGCAUUGCUGGAUUCUCUAGUUCAUUGACGGAUUCCCAUUGACUGUAAGGAGUUCUGGAGGUGAUCUGACUGCUUUCUGGCAUAAAUGUAUUUGUGCCGGAACAACCUGCCAGAUCUGCUCGACAGAGAUGUGAACAAGGCCUAAAGCCUCCUUUGCUUUGAUCCUUAAAAUUCUGCAAUCAUCUGAUAUUUUCCAUUCCUGAUCAGCAGGCUAUACAAACCAGCCAGUGUAGUAAAUAGGUUCAAAUAGUUUAAAAAUACAGUAGUGUGCAAAAGCUUUAGGCAGGUGUGAAAAAAAAAAAAUGCUGUAAAGUAAGAAUGUUUU